AUGAAGCCUGUGCCUCCGAAUACGGACACGGUGAAUUUUUAUCUUCCCCACCACGCGGUUUUCAAGCCCGAAAGUACUACCACAAAGGUCCGUGUGGUAUUCAACGCAUCCAGUCCUGCAUCCAGGGCCACUUUACGAACGUUGCGGCAGCUGUCCGAGGAUGUCCACGCCCUAUAUCCACGGGCGUCUCGAAUAAUUUCAGAUUAUAUGUAUGUGGACGAUGUGCUUGCAGGAGCCCACACGAAGGUCGAGGCUACUUUAGCCAUUCAGGAGUUGAGGACAACUCUGAGCUCCGCAGGAUUUCCUCUCCGCAAGUGUACAGCAAAUGAGCGAACUCUCCUAAAGGCACUUCCUUCAGACCACCUGCUCUCAGGUGACUUCCUCGACAUCGAAGAGGUGAGCACCACGAAAACGUUGGGAAUACGGUGGAACGCCAAGGCGGAUGAGUUCUAUUUUGUCCCGACUGAGCUUGUUGUCAAUGCGAAUUAUUCCAAGCGCAACGUCCUAUCGCAAAUCGCAAAACUGUUCGAUCCCGCUGGAUGGUUGUCCCCAUUUGUAGUCCAGGCCAAGAUCCUAAUGCAGGAUAUAUGGUUAGCCGGCAUUGGAUGGGACGAGUUUCUCCCUGCAGAGCUACGGCAACGCUGGCAUGAUUUCCUUCGCAGCCAUAGUUCCCUCCACAAGGUUCGCGUCCAGCGUUGGGUACAAUUCCGACCGGGAGCACAAGUUCAGAUCCACGGCUUCUGUGAUGCAUCUCAGAAGGCCUAUGGGGCAGCGAUUUAUGUUCGCAUCCAAUACGACGGAGGCAUUUCGUCGAGUCUGCUCACGUCAAAGACUAAAGUCGCACCUGUCAAAACCGUUUCACUCCCGCGCUUAGAAUUGUGUGGUGCAGUUCUUCUUUCUGACCUGUGGGCUGCAAUUCUUCCUCACAUCCCGUUUGGUCGAAUAGAGACGUUUUUCUGGACUGAUUCCACCAUUGUGUUGGCAUGGUUGAACAAGCCACCAUGUCAAUGGACCACCUUCGUAGCGAAUCGAGUGACUAAGAUUGCUCUAAAUACAGAUGCCAGCCAAUGGUCACAUGUGCGUUCCGAGCACAAUCCAGCAGAUCUAGCCAGUCGUUGUGUCACGGCUGAAGAGCUGGCAACGUGUCCAGCAUGGGAUCUCCUAGAGCGUUUUUCAAACUUCAAUCGCAUGCUGCGAGUCAUGGCUUUUGUGCAGCGGUUCAUCAACCGCUGCAGACGCAUUCCUACGCCUUCUUCUACAGACUUAAGCAGUAAAGAACUCGCCCAUAUACAACUCAUGCUUAUUAGGCAAACUCAACGGGCCGACUACCCAGAGGAAUACAACAUCCUGCAAUCCAAAGGACAGCUUCCCUCGUCCAGUUGUAUCCUCAACCUUAAUCCGUUCCUGGAUGCUGACGGCAUCAUGAGGUCAUGCGGUCGUUUGACUGCAUCUGACUCGUUAUCCUACGACGAACGUCAUCCUAUCCUUUUGGCGUACCAUUCCAAACUAGCAGAGCUUCUGGUCACAUUUACUCACCGUAUCUCCAUACACGGGAGAAACCAGCUUAUGGUUCGUCUCAUCCGGACGAGAUACUGGAUGCCGAAGCUGUGGAACCUGAUCAAACGUGUGACCACGACCUGCAAGUAG